AGCAGCAGCAGGCUGAUUUAUUAUUUAUUGUUCUGUCCCACGGUGACGUGUUCAGGGCGCCCUAUCCAAUCUUGGACAAUGUUCAACUUGCAGUGAGCGGCGAGGCUGCUGCAGGAAGAGGCGCAAUACCACGCAAUGAGACGCCGUUUGCGCCACUUUGCAGGAUUAUAACAUCAAACCCUUGUUUUUUUCUUUUCUUUUCUUAUUUUUUUAAUCUUUUUUUGUCAUGUCGACGCUGAGCUACUAUGCAGACUCGGGUGUUGUCCCCGAUCAGGAGGAUGUGCCAGCGAGGUUCCCAUCAUCUGCAGGGGUGGAGCAGGCGAUGCUCGGCGAAUAUGGCGGACAGGAAGCUUGCCCUUUGCAGAAAUCUAUUUUCGGCGCAUCCUGGGGUCCCAUGGCGGUACACCCUCCCAAUCCGGCCACGCCGACGUAUAUCCAUCAGCACUACACCAGCAGCGGGGACGGUGAUGGCAUGUUUGCGCGCUCCUGGACCCUGGAGCCCGUGUCUGCGCCCCUGUGCUUGACCGGACUACCUUCGACGGCCAUGCAUUAUGAGAUCAAACCGGAGCCCCUGAUUGGGAGUGGCGAGUGCACAACUUUGGAGACGCACACUCCUCUUUUGUCUGAUGCAGAGAGCACCGCGGCCCUGGCGGAGGUUCCCUGCGAGAGCACAUCCACGUCCAAGCCGCCUGAGGAGAGCCCUUCAGCCGGGGAGAGGAGGGAGGUGGACGCGAACAACCCUUCAUCCAACUGGCUCCACGCGAAGCCCACCAGAAAGAAGCGCUGCCCUUAUACAAAGCACCAAAUCCUGGAACUGGAAAAGGAGUUUCUGUACAACAUGUACCUCCCCCGGGAUCGUAGAUACGAAGUGGCCAGAGUGCUGAAUCUGACCGAGAGACAGGUGAAAAUCUGGUUUCAGAACCGCAGGAUGAAGAUGAAGAAAGACAACAAAGACCGGAGGAGAGACAGAGAGCAGAGUGAGUGGCGGACAGGAAGUGACUUUGGGACUACAGAGUUGACUUUCAGCUUGCCGUGGGUUAUGACCACAACAGUAGCCCGUGUUUUUAUUAGAGAUUUUUUAUUAUAGGAUAUUGUGCCUGUAGUGAAAUAAUUUAAAUCUGCAAUAAAAGCCUGUUGUUCAGGCAAUCAAGUCUGGUGUGUGUGCCUCAAUGAACAUUACAGUAACAUUACUGACACCUAGUGGCCAGUGUUGAA